AUGAAGUUUUCUGUUGCUGUCGCUGCCUCUGCUCUGGCUUCGGGCGCCAUUGCCUCUGUUUAUUCCAUUCAGGUUCCUCAGACGAUUACCGUCGGCAAGGCGAUCCCUGUGAAGCUCGUCAACAACAUUGACCAGUCUAGCACCUACGAAACUAGCAUUACGUUUGGCCUAGGCACAAGCCCCCAUGAUCCGAACAUCAUUAUUGGCACACCCGUGUCGUCCAUCUACCUCCAGGACGGUACCAUGCCUGCUGCACCUUUUACAAGAAACAUCACUAUUCCGGACUGGGCAUGGGGUAGCAAGGGCACGUUUGGCUUGCGUGCUGCCAUCUUUGGCGCCUAUGGUGUUACUGGAGGCAUCGCUACUAAGGUGUAUGGGGCCAACGUGACUGUCGGCAACAAAAUCAGCGACAAAUACGUUGAGCUCAAGUAUAUUGAAUAA